AUGGCCACUAAGUCUCAAACAAAACAGAGGAUGAAAAUCAAGGAUGCCUUGCUAAGUAUUAAGUCAAGAAUGAUACUCACAAGUAGAGGCUAUCCAACAGUGGAGGUUGACUUAAUAACGGGUAAAGGUGUGUAUAGGUCUUCUUGCCCAUCAGGCGCAUCUAGAGGUUCAAAAGAAGCUGUGGUAAUCUCUGAUGGAGGAAACCUUUAUAAUGGAAGAGGUGUAAGAGCUGUUAUAAACAACAUCAAUGAUAUAUCAAGAAGUUUACUUGAACUAGAAUACAAUGCGGCUGAUCAACAAAACAUAGACAAUUUCCUACUAGAUCUGGAUGGAACAAACAACAAAUCAAAGAUAGGAGGGAAUGGAAUAAUAGCACUUUCCACGGCUUUCUGUAAAAUGGGUGCAGGAUACUCAAAUAAACGAGUGGAUGAGUUUAUUUCGAGCAUAGGACCAUUCAAAAGAAAGAUGCCUAUUCCUCAUUUCAAUGUUUUAAACGGAGGAGUUCACUCCGGAAAUGCAAUGACGGUACAAGAGAUCAUGGUUGUAUAUCAACACAAUGACUUAGAAAGAAAUAUUGAGUGUGGAUGUGUAUUGUAUGAAUCUUUGAAGAAAACGAUAUCCGAGAAGUAUGGUGUAUUGCAUACUUCGGUGGGGGAUGAAGGAGGGUUUGCACCUCCUAUAGAGAAGUUAGAGGAUGGGCUAGAUCUAAUAUUAGAAGCCUCCAGAAGAUGCAACAGAACAGAUAUGAAAAUUGCUAUUGACUUUGCAGCAAAUGAGUUUACAAGGGAUGAUGGGAAAUAUGAACUUGAUGGAGAGGUCUAUACUACAAGAGACCUUGGGGAAAAGUAUAUGGAAGUCAUUAGGAAGUAUCCUCAGAUAUAUAGCCUUGAAGAUCCAUUUUCAGAAAAAGACUAUGACGGAUGGAGGUGGAUAAAUGCUAAAGUUGGAGACAAAAUCAAUAUUGUUGGUGAUGACCUGACUGCCACUAAUCCACAACUUGUUGAAAAUGCAGGCCUAAGAAAAAUGUGCAACACACUUCUAGUAAAGCCCAACCAGAUAGGUACAAUUAGUGAGACAAUAAAGGCAAUAAAGAUUGCUCGAAAGUACGGAAUGAAAAUUAUGGUUUCUCAUAGAAGCGGAGAAACAGAAGAUCACUUCAUAAGCGAUUUAUCAGUAGGUGUUGGUGCUGAAUAUAUGAAGUCAGGUGCACCUUGUCGUGGUGAGAGGGUUAGUAAGUACAAUCAACUACUUAGAUUGAAUGAGUAUUAA